AUGUACUGUAAUACGGAAUUCAGUUGCAGAAUUCCUCACCACUAAAUAGUCAACAAGAAAAUUUUCUAUGUCAUAAUAUUCAUUUCACACUCUUAUUGCUCUGUAAAGGUCUAACAUUUUAGAUAUUCAGAAGCUGAAAAAUUACAUAUGAAAUUGGAUAAGUCAUUAUAACAAUUGCGUAUUUCGGUCAAUUUACCUUAAUUUCCUGGCAAGAAGCUAUUUGGUAGUCAUAAUGACUCUGAAUAAGGAAUUUUAAGGCGUGUAUUCAUUAUUAUCAUUUAUCAUUAGAGAACUGAAUUACAAGACUAUUUCAACCAAUUACUUAAAAUUGAUAAACUUUAUUCUAUCCCGUAUAUGAAAUCCAUGUUGCCAAAUAUCAAUGAGAAUAAAAAUGAACUUACUUAAUUCUCUUAGGAUAAGUAUGAUAAUAUAAUAAAUGCAAUUAGCCCAGAAUAAUAAUACAACUUUAUUAUUGAUUCAUUUUAGCAAUUAGAUACUUUUGUACUGUAUUUUGUUCAAGUUAUAGAUAAUUUCAAUAAAACCAAAUGGAGAAUCAAAACAAGAUAUUCAGAUUUGAGAGAUAUUCACUAAGCUCUUAAGGAAUAAAUCAAAGUUAAUAUACCUGAAUUCCCUAAAAGAAAAAUUUUUGGAAUCACAAACGAUGACCCCUAAGAAAUUUAAAAUAGAAAAAGAAACUUAGAAAUUUAUUUAAAUUCCAUUUACGCGUAUUGAAAUAAUUUCUAAUUAGAGUAUUCCAGAAUUAUCCAGUACAGAUAUUUUAAAUUACUUCAUUCAAAAUAGUAGAAGAGAAUCCUAAAAACUAUAAAAAUUUGAUGAACAAAAAAUGCUAUUAAAAUUAGUAUAAUAAUUAUAAAUUCAUUAGAAACUUCAAUAAAAAUAAUAAAAACAGUAAUAAAUAGAACAAUUGUAAAAAAAACUAUUGAAUAUCGAAAAUCCAGAAAGUGAUGAUAAAACAGAAAAGCAAUCAUUGAAAAUAAUCUCAUAAAUUCCUAGAAAAGGACUCUUUGUCAUUAAGGAACUAUUGGAUAAAUAUGAAGAUGAUAAUACUACUUUAGUAAGAUACGGUUCCUUAUCUACUAAAACAUAAGAAACUGUAGCUAUUUAUCUGAUACCUUCAGGUUCUUUUCAAGAGAAUCGAUCGGAGAAGGAGAAUUUAUAAACAACAACAGAACCUCAAGUUGGAUAAAUUAUCAUACAUGACCUUAAAAAUGAUAUUUUAACAUAAGUUUAGAAUAGUAAAGAGGAAGUUUAAUUAACCGAUUAAAAAUGA